UACCUGCCCAGGUUUGCUUAGGGCGUGGCAGCUACGGAUAAAGGCAGGAGUUGGCUUAGCAGCCCCAGCCCACUCUCUCCUGGAACCUGGAACCUCUGUGCAGCCCCGGGAACACGAAGCCCAGGGAGUCUCUAGGCCAGCCUUUCUGCCCCUUGGGGGAGCUGUAGUCGGGAUUGGGAACCAGAGGCAUCCCAGUGGACCCUCCCCCCAGGCCCCUCCAGGCCAGUGCUCCGACCGACAUGCACGAGGUGGCCCUGAGCGUGCUCAUCCUCCUGGCAGGCCUGUCUGCUUUGGAUGCCAACGACCCAGAAGAUAAGAACAGUCCUUUCUACUAUGACUGGCACAGCCUCCGAGUUGGCGGGCUCAUCUGUGCAGGGACUCUCUGCGCCCUUGGCAUCAUCAUCCUCCUGAGUGGGAAAUGCAAAUGCAAGUUCAGCCAGAAGCCCAGCCACCGCCCAGGGGAUGCCCCCCCUCUCAUCACCCCAGGUUCGGCCCAUGACUGUUGAGGACGGAUCAGCAGAAAGAACACAGGGAAAGGGCCUCUCUCUUUCCCCAAGUCCUGGCUCUGCCCAGAGGCCUGAACUCCAGGAUGGAAUGCUCCCUCCCCUCCCCACCACCAGGGCUCCAUCUCACCUCUCAAUGGAGGGGUCUCUCUAUUCAAUUUUCAUUCUAAAAUGAUCUUGCCUCCCGCCCAA